UUUGUUAAUUUUAUUGUUGUCAUUUAUUUGUUGAGGAUUUGCCACAUUUUGGACAAAAUGACGAUAUUUAAUCUAUAUAUAUUUGACAAGAUGGGAACGCUAAUGCAUUAUGCCGAGUGGAAUCGUACCAAGAAAUCCGGCAUUACCCGUGAGGAGGAAGCCAAGCUAACAUACGGCAUGCUUUUUUCCAUCAAAUCCUUUGUCAGUAAGAUAUCUCCGCAUGAUCCGCGCGAAGGAUUUCUCUACUACAAAACAAAUCGCUAUGCACUGCAUUAUCUGGAGACGCCCUCGGGAUUAAAAUUUGUACUCAACACUGAUACAUCGGCCAUCAACGUGAAAGAACUGCUGCAGCAACUUUACGCCAAAGUUUGGGUGGAGUAUGUAGUGCGUGAUCCACUGUGGAUGCCCGGUUCGGUGGUUACCUCAGAGCUGUUCCAAAGCAAGCUCGAUGAGUUUGUCAAGCAAUCGCCCAUCUUUGGCAUUAGAAAUAUUUAAACAUAGCUUACCGCAUAGUUAAUACAUAUUGUACAUAAAACGCCCAAAUUAUGUGUCAUAAGCGUCACAGCCUCUC